AUGCAAACAGAUUUUACCUGGACAGAGUGGUGUAUCGCUCCUGAUCCACAUGAUCUGAUAGCCCGAUUCUUGGCUGAACCGCUCAGAGACCACUCUCAGUUCUUCGCAGCCUUCCUGAGCGGAGUUACGGAUAAGAAUUCGAAUUGCUCUUAUCUCGUCGACCAGUUUGCCUGGUUGGCUGAGUUUUAUGACACCAGCAAUCCCAGCCUUGCGAACAGUAUCGCAAUGUUCAAUCAAGACCCAAACCAGAUGACUACGAUAUUGAAAGAAUACGUCCGCCGGAAGACAUGUCGUAUUCUCGUUGAAAGGCAUCUAACCGACGAGUACGACGGUGUAUCCCAAGAUCCCAGUACGGUACUGGUGGCGCUUGACGAGGCAGGCAACUUCUGGAGCAGCUCAGAUGGCCAAAUAACCUGCCAACGCGUCAGUCAAUUCUGCAAUUACUUUGGAUGCCAUAAUUCAUCAGCCAUCUACGCCAAUGUCGAUAAUCUCCAACAGCUUGCGCGCUCACGGCGUUCUCAUCAAGAGGCGUACCUUCUGAGCCGUGUGGAGCAGCUUACGCAAGAGAACACUAGGCUCAAGAGCCAGAAGACGCAACACAGCCAGAUCAUCACAUCAAUUAUAUAUCGACACGCUUUGGAACAGCUUUGCGCCAAUACCCAUGUUCCUUAUCCUAAAAACCCGGGGCGGCCCAAUACGACGGAACGCUGGCAACAAUUCUGGGACAAUGCCUCUAGAAGCGGAACGCGUAGUUCCCCUUUAGCAACAUUGAGGAACGAUCCUCAGCUGAUAUGGGCCCAGGUCCGGGAUGCUGGGCGGAACUUAUUUGGCACGUUGAGCGCAAAUAUCCAUCAGUAUAAUGAGCAUGAGUAUGAAUUUGAUAUUGGCGAGUGGGCGAACGCAAUCAUAGUCGGCAAAGUGUUGCAAGCUAUUAAGCCAAAUCUGCAGCCUGGAGCUGGAGUCGAUUGGAAGACAGAGCAGGGUCGUUAUUGA